AUGGAAGCCGAAGAACGGACAAUGCAGCUCUUCAUCCUCGGACCAGCCUUCGGCCUCCCCUCCAUCGACGCCGAGUGCAAUGCCGCGGUAGCGCUGCUGCAGCUUCACGUCCGCGACAAAUACGGCCUCGUCCCAACCCACGACCAAGUCCACCGUCUACCAUUCCUCAUCGACGGCCAAGCGCAGAUAUCCGGCUACAACAACAUCGCCCGACACUUCGCUCACAAGCGCAUCUCGAGCGAGACUUCGCAGCUCUCAUCUCACCAACGAGCGGACUCCCUAGCCCUGACCUCGUUCAUUGAGUCUCAGGCGCAGAAAUUACUCGACAUCUCCCUCUACGUCGGCUUCGAGAACUACCGCCUCGCAACGAGACCUGCAUUCUCGAAAAUCCUGCCAUGGCAUGCGAAUUACACACUCCCGCCGAAACGACGGACCGCAGCGAGGACUCGGACGGAGCAUCUUGGUGUUUCGAGCAUUGAUGUCGAUAAUGUUCAUGAGGAUAUGAGCCACCGACCACCCGGAUUUGAGGGUGUGGGCAAAGAGCCGGGGUUCGAAGCAGAGACACAGAAGAGAGCGAGUCUGUUGCUGCCGAAGAAAGAGACGGUCAUGAGCCUUUUGCAGCAGCCGCAGCAUUCUGCUGUGUUUAAGUUGCAUGCGAUUGCGGAGAACUUUUUCGAGCCGCUGCAAGAGGUGUUGGGAGAUGAGAAUUAUCUGCUGGGCACUGAGCAGCCUACCGUGGUGGAUUGUCUGCUGUACGGAUAUCUGUCUAUGAUGCUUUUCCCGCAGCUGCCGCAAGAUUGGCUGGCGACGACGAUGAAGAGGAAGUAUAAGAGUUUGGUGAGGUAUACGGAGCGGAUACGGGAUCUCUUGGGUCUCACGGCGGAUGUGGAUGAUGUUCUUGCACUGUACAAGUGCAAGUCGAAAGGGGAGGCUAUCGCGCACCGCCAGGCAGGCAAGAUGUCUCUACCUUACACUCUGCCACAUACGCCGUCUUUCAGCAAGACGUUCGCAGAGAUUCGCACUGCAUUGUGGGAGCAAGUCCCUAUCCUCGGCACACCACAGCUGCAGCUGCACGAUGCGAAGCAAUUCCCCUUCCUCGACAGGAACCUAGCCUCCAUCUCCAUCACUUUCGCGGCCUCCCUGGCAGCUGCUGGAUACCUCGCCAUUCGGACUGGAACAUUAGUCUGGCCGCAUGGAGAGGAGGUUCAGAUCUUUGGGCGGAAGAGACUGUCAGAUUUUGGGCAUAUUGGAGCUGCUCUUGCCGGGGUGACGCUUCUGGGAUCGCAGGCUGGGAGGGGUGGUUGA